AUGUUAUCAGAAUAUGAAGAUAUUAUUACAAAUGAAGGUAAUACAACAAAUGAAAAUAAUGCAUCAAAGUUGAAACAACUUCACGCGCAAAUUAUUAUUCAAAAUAAAAUUAGAAGUAAAUGUAUUAAAAGAAAAGAUCUUACUUUUCUAUAUAGACCCUCUAAAUUUAAUAUUUUAAUUCCUUAUACAAAAACUCUUUAUUUUGAUUCUUUAAGUAAAAAAAUUAAAAAUUUAUUAAAUAUUAUUAUUAAUGACGAAUUACAAAAAGAAUUAAUUCUAUUAGAAUUGAAGCUUUCUCAAAAUUUAGAAGAAUACAUUAAAAGAGAUUUGAUUUUACCAUUAUCAGCAGGAUAUAAUAAUUACGCUGAGUAUAAAAAUAGUGAUAUUUUUCGUUUCUUAUCUAUAAGCAAAGAUGAAAA